AUGACCUCGCCCGAGACAGAGACUGCCCGCGUCGUCGACGCUGCGGCCACCGCCGCCCCUGAUCAACAAGCACAAACGACCCAGGGACCGGGAGGCAUGCCAGAGAUCGAGCUCCUGGCACGGCGGCCCGCUCGAAGCGAGACGCCGCAGCCGCAGUCGAAUGAUGACCUGCAGAGGGAGACGGCAAAUGACGACAUCCCUGUUGCUGCAUCCAAGCGGCGCCUCUUUUACUCGUCCGCCCAGUGGACGGCCGACGGCACCACUGUCAUCGUCGGCGCCUCAGACAACUCCGUCUCCUCCUUUGUCCUCCCGGCCGACCUCCUGCAAUCUGCCGGCCAAGACCUCGUGCUGGAACCCCAGGCCACGGCCCAUCUCCCGGAGCCCACGCAUGCCAUCGCCGCCGCGCCUUUCUUCAGCCUGGCGGAUCCAGCCUCGCAGACGUAUCUCGUCGGUUGCAGGGACCACCCCAUUCAUCUCUAUCAUGCGUUUUCUGACCCAGAUGCGCAAUCAACGCCACUGGGGGCGUACAGGCUCAUCAGGAAGGAGACUGAGCAGUACAUCACGCCAAAUUCCAUGAUUUGGCCGCAGCCAGGCACUCACUUCCUCUGCGGAUCUGCCAACCGCCUCGAUUAUUUCGACGUCUCCCGCCAUGGCUCUGAUGGACCUCUGUUGACGGUGCCGACUAUCCCGUCCAAGAGACACAUCUCCAAAGGGAGCGGCGUUGGCAUGAAAGGAACCGUCUCAGCCCUCGCAGCCUCUCCCUACGACGCCGACGGAGGGUUGCUUGUGGCCGCGGGAACCUGGACUCGCUGGAUGGGCAUGUACGACCUCGGGCGCACGGACAAGGUUGUUGCCAACUGGAGCAUAUCGCAAGCUGCCAGCGCCAACUUUGGCCUCGACGUUGACGGUCAAGGCAUUGUCCAAGUUGCGUGGAGCCCGUGCGGCCGCUAUCUCAUCAUCAACGAACGGCACUCGAGCGGACUUCUCGUGUAUGAUAUCCGCGGCGCGGGAAAGCUGCUCAGUGUCUUGACGGGUCGAACAUGCUUCAGUCAGCAGAGGUUGACGUGUGAUGUGUUUCAAGGUGACAUGUACGGGUCCACUGGCUUUGAGGUCUGGGCAGGCUCCCAGGACGGCAACGUUCGAGUGUGGGACAACGUCGGACUUCAAGAGGGACCUGCGCCACCGUCGUGGGAAUGGAAGGCCCACGACUCGCCCGUUGGCAGCACGAUCCUGCAUAGCUGCGGGUCAGUCGUGGCUACUUGUUCCGGUGCUUGGGAGCAUUCACCGGACCAUUUGCUCGGCGACGCUGUUGACGAGGGAAGUCAAAGCCGGGUUCUCGAUGAAUCCUCGCUCAAGAUUUGGUCCAUCGGAUCACAGGGCUAG